GUCAAAAUGGAUUUAUAUUAUUCGCCUUAUUCAGCGGCCAGUCGGUCGAUCCUUAUGACUGGCAAGGCAAUUGGUGUUGAGUUCAACAAGAAAGUCAUAAACAUUGUCGAGAAUGAGCACCUGAAACCGGAAUUUGUGAAAAUCAAUCCACAACAUACGAUCCCUACGAUCGUGGAUAACGGCUUUGCUUUGUGGGAAUCGCGCGCGAUUCUGGUUUAUCUGAUUGAGAAAUACGCCAAAGACGAUGCCCUUUAUCCCAAGGACCCGAAGGGACGUGCUCUCGUCAAUCAACGCUUGUACUAUGAUAUGGGAACGCUGUAUAGGGCCUUUGCGGAUUAUUACUAUCCUCAGUUCCAGAAGAAGGCGCCAGCCGAUCCGGAGCUGUUCAAGAAGUUGGAAUCGGCUGUGGAAAUUCUAGAUAUAUUCCUUCAGGGUCAGCUGUAUGUGGCUGGCGAUAGAUUGACGAUUGCGGACAUUGCCAUUCUGGCGACAAUUUCGACUUUGACAGUCGCAGACUUUGAUCUGAGCAAAUAUUCCAAUGUUAGCAAGUGGUACGAGAAUGCAAAGAAGGUGACACCCGGCUGGGACGAGAACGAAAAGUCUCUAAAGGAAUUAAGGGUUCUGGCUGAAAAAAUGAAGGCACAAUGA